AUGGCCUUACAAAGAUCACCGAUCAUCAUUUUAGUAUUAUUCAUUGCCGCAAUCACAAUAACUAACAUAACAACCUCCACAGUACCCCAAACUGACGAAGUCUCCCUGGUUCUCAAAGCAAUCUACGUCAAGGUAAAUUCACGACCCCUCGCUGACCUCCAAAGAAAUCAAAAGAUUCUCCGAUUCGCUAAUCGGAAUUGUGUGUUCAACGAACUCAAUGCAGUUGACGAUGGAGACUUGACACACUUUGACGAGAUUAAUUGGACGGGUGAUAGAACUUUGAAGAUUAUUGAGGCUGUUUGGUAUGCAGCGCCACUUUGUGUCGACUUCUUCGAGGAACAAACUGAAAAAUAUUUUGAGGAAUUGAAAGAAUUGCUGAGAGACGAAUAUUAUGUCAAAAAGAUUGGAUGCUUUAAGUAUGGAUUGAUGGUUCGGAAUCCAGCUCUUGGUCAUCCCUUGCUAGUUGGAUUUGACAAAGAAUCGAUGAUCCAUAAUAUGUCGACAGCAUUGGAAUGUGAAAAUAUUUUGAGAGACUUUUUCAAUAAAUUUUUGAAUCCACAACUUGAGGCAGUUAAAAUUGAGAUGACGACACUUCAGAUUCAGAGAUGCAACGAGAGUUUCUACACACAAAAAGAAGAGAGGAAACUGAAUUUACUGAAAAUUGCAAUCAUAUCCAACACGAAUGAGAGAGUUCCAACAAAAUAUUUGAAGAUAACGAAAGGAGAGUUUAGAGAUGCAAUGAAGCAGCAGGGAAGGGUUAUGAAGGACUGUAUUUUGAAGGAUGUAAGGGCGAAUAGUAGAAGAAGUUAA